AUGCAGAGUGGAACAUCACUUAAUCCUGAAUAUUUGCAAGGAAAUGUCAGAGAAAGAGCUUUUGAGCUGGGAAAUUUAUUAGAAAGAGGCACCUCUAACAGUAAUAGAUUAUUGAAGCACCUAAAUGAGAUUCCUGCUGAAAAGAUAUUCGCUAAAGAAUUAAAUGCCCUACCAACGGACUACUACAAAGAAAAUCAAAAGCCACUACUGGCAUUUGGACCCAUAGUUGAAACUGAUCCAAAUGGACUAGUCACUGAAUAUCCAGAACAUUUGUUCGACGCAAUUGACAUUCCCAUUAUGAUCGGUUCAAAUUCCCGAGAGGGUCUAGAACCAUCAUUACAAUACCUUUACGAUCCACGAUUCCUUGUUUACCUAAGGAAGGACUUCCAUUUCCUAAUACCAAUCCGUACAGAUUUAAAAUUUGAUCCUCUGAAAAAUCAAUAUCUCGAUGCUAUAGAUGACAUCAGAAAUUAUUACUUUAAAAGUGGCAAAAUAACAGCCAACAGUAUAUCUGAAUAUAUCACGUACAUCGGAGAUGUACUCACAUCUUACCCCGUGGACGUUAUGACAAGAACGUACGCAAAUAAAUCACGUAGUUCAGUAUUCUACUACCAUUUCGAUUAUUACAGUGAAUUAAACGAGAACAAAAAUGACAUUUUGAAAAUAUCGACUGUAACUGAUGGUACAUGGGGAGCAGCAUCGGGUGACGAACUUUGUUAUUUAUUCAAAUGCCCUAGACUUUUUAAUAAUUACAUUAAAUUGAAUCAAUCUGAGACCGAGGAAAUCAUAUUCCUACGAAAACUAGUAAAACUCUGGAGCAAUUUUGCAAAACACGGAAAUCCAACACCUAAUGAUGACAACACCUUCGAAAAUUUUAAAUGGCCAAAUUAUAACUUAGAAAACAAGGAAUAUCUUUACAUCAGCAACAAGAUUGAAGCAAAACGAAUACCUUACGCUAAACCACCAAUUGGUGAAUUAAGAUUUAAAUCCCCAAAACCGCAUGAAGGUUGGACCGAUAUUUUAGAAGCGAAAAAGGAACGAAAAGCAUGUGCUCAAUUCUAUUUACCUGUGAGAACUUUUAAAAGGAGUGGUUACUUUGGUGACGAAGAUUGUUUUGGUGAGUUGAAUAUGAGAAAGAAGAAUGCGCUCAAAGAAGCUGGUACUAUAGAUGGCACAUGGGGUGCCUCCAUCGCUGACGAAUUGUGUUAUUUGUUCGUCUGUAACCCAAAAACAAUAUACAAAACGCUGUUGGAAGAUGAAGAUGCAGAGGAAAUCAAAGUUUUAAAGAACAUGGUAAAGAUGUGGGCAAACUUUGCCAGGACAGGGAAUCCAACUCCUGACGGGGAUGAGCUCACGUGGAAUCCAGCUACAAAAGAGAAUAAGGAAUGUCUCGUUAUAAGUGAUGAACUCAAAAUGCAUAAAAACUUACACGAAAACGUUGUAAGAUUCUGGGAUGAUUUUAUAUCUUCAUACAGCGAAAAAGCUUUGAACGGCGUAGUUCAAGACAAAAGAGAUGAACUA